AUGACGGCUGCACAACCACAAACUCUGUUCAAGAAAGAGCCAGGCGGUCCUGUGUACCGGAUCCCUUCUCUCAUCUACAUGAGAGCGGAGAACAUGUUUCUGGCCUUUGCUGAGAAGCGUAAGGAUGGGAGUGACACCAGCGCAGAGUGCCUGGUCAUGAGGCGAGGGGUCUACAAGGCCGAUAAUGUCGCAUGGGAAGACGUCCAAAGCGUACAUGACGUUUGCAUGAAGAACCAUCGUCCGAUGAACCCUUGUCCUGUCUAUGAAGACACCACAAAAGUUUUGUUCUUAUUCUUCAACUGCAUACCCGAUGGAAUGUCGGAGGAAUAUAUGAAGAUGUGGGGAAACUCUGCCAAGAUGUGUUACGUUAUCAGCAGGGAUUGGGGGACAACCUGGAGCAACACCUUUGACAUCACACACGUGACCAGUCACAUCGGUAAUAUGGCCACCGUCUUCUUGUCUCCUGGACACGGAAUCCAAACAAAGUCCGGGAAGCUCAUCAUUCCGGCCUACGUUUAUGUUGCCAAAUAUUGGUUCAUAAACUGGUGGUUCCCUAAAGCCCACUCAUUCUACGUCUACAGUGAGGACCAGGGGAACACGUGGUGGAUAUCUGAACGGAUUAACAAGUUUGAGUGUGGGGAGUGUGAGCUGGCAGAAAUAUUGAGCAAGGGUAACAAGAGUAUGCUCUACCUCAAUGCACGAACCACGUCCAGUAUGAGGAUGGAGGCGCAGAUGCUGAACGUUGGAAGUGAGUUUAGUGUUGUUGAAGAAAGUAGUAAAUUGAAAGAGAUAAAUGAUGGAUGUUUCGGCAGUGUUAUAAGUUUCCCAGGGACAGUACGGCCAGGGCAGGAGCACACAGACUGGCUUUUAUUCUCACACCCAACCAAGGUGGGACGUAAAGAUCUUGGCAUCUUCUUAAACAAGUCUCCUCUGAUGUCUGAGGUGUGGUCUAAGCCAUGGAUUAUUCACGAUGGUCCAGCGGCUUACUCCGAUCUUGCCGUCUGCUGGGAUAACAAAAUAUUUGCCAUCUUAUUUGAGACCGGGGUUGUAAGUCCAUAUGAGAAGAUCAGUUUCCGUCUGUUUACAUUACAUGAUGUCUUGAAAAACAUUUAA